AUGUCUGCUGCUACUGAGGCCCCCAAGGCUGCGGCCCCUGUCGCCCCUGCUGCUCCUGAGCUCAGCAGCCUCCAGCUUUACUCCAGAUUCGCCUUCGCUGGUGCCGUCUGUUGCUCCAUCACCCACGGUGCUCUCACUCCCGUCGAUGUCGUCAAGACCAGAAUCCAGCUUGACCCUGCCACCUACAACCGUGGUAUGAUCGGUGGUUUCCGUCAGGUCAUCGCCAAAGAGGGUGCUGGCGCUCUCCUCACUGGUUUCGGCCCUACCGCCGCCGGUUACUUCCUCCAGGGUGCCUUCAAGUUCGGUGGUUACGAAUUCUUCAAGAAGCAGUGGAUCAACACCCUUGGAUACGAGACUGCUUCCAACAACCGCACCGCUGUCUACCUCGCCUCGUCCGCCGCUGCCGAGUUCUUCGCUGACAUCGCUCUCUGCCCUCUCGAGGCUACCCGUAUCCGUCUCGUCUCUCAGCCCACCUACGCUAGCGGUCUGCUGAGCGGAUUCAGCAAGAUGCUGAAGAACGAGGGUGUCGGUGCCUUCUACUCUGGAUUCGGACCCAUCCUCUUCAAGCAGAUCCCUUACACCAUGGCCAAGUUCGUCGUCUUCGAGAAGGUCUCUGAGACCAUCCUCAACUCCUUCGACAAGCAGAGCCUCUCCGACGGUGCCAAGACUGGUAUCAACUUGGGCUCUGGUUUGAUCGCUGGUUUCGCCGCUGCCCUUGUCUCUCAGCCCGCCGACACCAUGCUGUCCAAGAUCAACAAGACCCAGGGUGCUCCUGGUGAGGGUACCGUCACCCGUCUCGCUAAGAUCGGUAAGGAGCUCGGCUUCCGUGGCUCUUACGCCGGUAUUGGUGCUCGUCUCUUCAUGGUUGGUACCUUGACUGCUGGUCAGUUCGCCAUCUACGGUGACAUCAAGCGUCUCCUCGGUGCCACCGGCGGUGUUGAGAUCGGCAAAUAA